AUGACUGUAAAAAUCAAUCCUUUGAAUACCAUUGUAUCACAAGACAUUUCAUCUUCCAUUAGUGGAGACAACUCAGAAAGUGUUCAUCAUUCAGAGAGCUCAAAAUUUUUGUGCUGUUUCUCCAUCAAGUAUAUUCUCAUCACCUUGAUCGUUGGUCUCAUUGUCAUGAGUGUAUUGAUUUUGUCAGCUAUUUGGGUUAGUUGCUUCAGCACGACCGUUUCAGAAAUGAGCCAUUCGAUUCGUGAUAAAGAUUUUUCCAGAAUGGUUACCUACACUGAUGAAACAUUGAAGCGAGUGGCCUUCUUCAUGUCAAUGUUCAAAGGACAGCUCCUUAAUGACUACAAAACAAUGGAUGACACGCUUGUAAAUCAUAUUUAUAAGGCUUACAAGUCUUUGAUGAAGUAUGAAUCCAUGCUUACCUUUGCUCUCUUUUUGGGAGAAUAUCAUGGCAAUACUCUUGGAAUGACUCAAUUGGGCAACAAUUUUGUGCUUCUAAAUCUAACCUAUGGCAAGAAUCAGAGUUUUUAUAUUUGCAGAGAUUUUUAUAACAAUGAUUACUGCAAUCGAAACUCCACUCCUGACUUGGUGCGUUCUGCAUUUACAAACCAAGCACCAAGCGAAACUGCAAAUAACAAUCCUGGAAAAACUCUUUUUGCUCCCUCAUUCACGGAUCCCACUCACCCAGACGUCACGUUUCUUACCUUAAUGUCAAGCUUUGAACUGAGCGCACCUUUAGGUAACGGUCAGAGAGUGAGCCACGCCAUAGGAUACAGCAUGAGCACCAAGUUCUUAUCACUGUUCUUGGUAGAAAUGACUAAAAGUAUAGCAGGGUCACAUACUUUCAUCAUUGAGGUUGAAACAAAUUAUAUCAUUGCAAGCGAUCAACAAAAUGAAAAAUCAGUUUCAGGAAGCGCCAGAAAAAUGAUUGGAGACAUGAACGAAGCCAUCAAACGAGUUGGUCUACAGGUCUAUUCCGAGUUCAACAACAAUUUGAGAAAUAUACAGUGCAACAAUCGUCAUGUAAUCACUCUUACCGAUCAAUUCAUUCUCGUUCAUCGAUUGUGCAAUGAAAACGGAAUUGAUUGGAUGUUCGUGUUGAGCGUUCCUCAAUGGAAUUACAUUAGUAACAUGGUGUUAGCCAUCAUUGCUGCAGUGGUGAGUGCAUGUAUCAUUGGAUUGGUGAGUACUGUCACCGCAGUUGUGUUCUCUCUUAGAAUUGUAAAUCCAUUCCAUCAACUGAUUCAAUCUUUUGAACUGGUGUCAAAUAUGCAAUUGGAUCAUUUGAAUUUGAAAAAGAGUCGAUUGACAGAAGUAACUCAACUGCAAUUACAUUUUACCGAAAUGGUCAAGAGAAUCAAACUUUACAGAGCCUUCAUUCCUUCUCAUUUACUUGCGCAAUUGGAGAGCGAUGAUGGGAAUGGGGAAGUUGCACCAAACACUAAUGCUGAAAGUCAAGAAUUAUCCAGAAAAAGCUCAUCCUCAAUGGCUCACUCAUCCAAAAGACUAUCCUCACAAAAAACUCACCUUGAUCGAUUUUCUCUCUACUCAGAAAAGAGAAUGGUGAGUGCUGUCAUGCUUCAUUUAGAUGGAUUGAAUGAAUGGUGGUCAGGCAUGAGCGGAACUGAAAUAGUGAGCUUGUUGAGCGAUGUGUUUGAAGCCAUUAAUCAACAAACACGCUCAAUGAGUGCUCAAAUGGGAGCAUUCGAUUCUGAUUCCCAAUUUAUUUUCUUUAAUGCAGCCAACGAACUGAAGAAACAUCAAGAAAAGGCGCUUACGUUUUGUGAUUCUCUUCGAUCAAAGCUUUUACAAAUCAAGACUCAAAAAUGGGUGUCUACUCAUUCAAACUCUCGUCCACUCGGUUUGAAUUCUCAAUUAUUGACACCAUUGAGUUUCAGAAUGGCAGUUACAUGUCAAGAAUGUAUUUGUGGAAAUUUAGGAACCCGUGAGUUCAAAUCAUUUCAAGUCGUUGGAAGUAUUCAGUCGAAUUUAGAAAGUAUGAUGCAAGUAGCCAACACGUUGAAUAUUCCAAUCAUCAUAUCACACCAAAUUGAAAAACAUUGUAAUGAAAAGUAUCAAAUGAGAUUUGUUCAAUACCAAGACUUGUUCGUUGAGAAUUAUUAUUCAAGACAUGUUUCAAAGAGUCGUGGAGUCGUGAACGCUUCUGAAUCAACGCUCACACAUUCUCAAGAUUCUGCCUUCUCUUACUUAACUGAGCAAUGUCAAUUGUUUGAAGUCGGAGAAAACAAUACAUCUGAAAUGGAUGAAUGGAUGUAUGAAUUAGAAUCCAAAGAAAAGAAGAAUCAACGAUGGCUUUACUACAAUUUGGCCCACCUGAGGUGA